GUAUUCAUUGCAAUCCUUCUCUCAAACUUUUCUGCAACUACUUGACUUAGAAAGGAAAUUAAAAGGAAAACAAUGGAUGUUGAGAUCACUUCCUUGGCGUUGGUAAAUAAUACAUUGAUGAAGGUUGCUAUGUUUGUGGUAGUUCAAGCUUUGGUUUAUCUGAUCCUUUCAAGUUCAUCCAGCCUCUUCUCCAGGAACAAAUUGAGGUCACUCAACAGCUUUCGGCCCAUUCGUUCUGCUAGCAUUAACCGGAUUCUGGCUGUCAUCUCCGACUUGCCAACCGGCAGUACUGCUAAUGAUCAGCCAUCACCACGUACAUGAUCCCAGCAGGAAAAAUCUUCUAUUUAUAGAUGAUUCAUGUCCUAUAUAUCAUUAAUUCUUUUAGAAGCAUAUAUAUAUAUAUAUAUAUAUGUUGUACAAUAUAUUGAUGACAAUAUUCAGUUCAUUCUUUAAUGUUACACAUAAACUGCUGUAAUAGUCCACAUGUAACUCUGUAAUAUAUGGUCUUCUUUUGUUGUGUAA